AUGAACCAAGCGACGACGCAUUUCUCAUCCGGAGCUCUCGAUCAAGAGAGACUUUUCAAGACAUGUAUCUUGGUUUUAGUAGGCAUUGCUGUUUCUUUCCUGGCGCAAAAGCUGCUGCAGGUCCAUCGACUGCGUGCACUUGAACGACUUCACGGCUGCGGUGAACUGCCCAGCGAGAGCGAAUUUCAGUAUGAUUUUCUUGGUAUCGCCAAAGCAAUCCAGUUGGCUUCUCAUUUUCGAAAGCGCACAUCGUUAGUGUAUACAAACGCGUUGUUCAUGAAAUAUGGGGAGACGUAUGUUUCCAAUGUCAUCGGCCACCGACUUAUCUUUACCUGCAAUGCAGACAACACUAAGCAUCUGUUGUCCACGGCGUUCGUCGAUUUCGAUAGUUCUCCAUUGAGAAAGCCUCUAUUCGAGUACAUCACCCCGCAUGGUAUCUUCACCCUUGAUGGUCCCGACUGGAAGAAAAGUCGAGAUCAGUUGCGGAGUCGGCUGUCUAAUCUUCGCAAGAUCAUUCAUCUGGACUCGUGCGAACAGCACUUCCAGGCCUUCCUUCGACGUGUUCCUCCAAAAGGACAGGCCUUUGACGUUCAAUCCUGUACAUUUGCUCUAUCUUUGGACAUGCAGACUCAAUUCUCUCUGGGUGAGUCUGUUGAUGCCCAGAGUUUCAGUCAAUCGAAAGAAAAGAAGCGUUUUGUAGAAGAUCUGCUAUUUCUCAAGGAACGCAUCGUCCAGGAUGGUUUUCGUGGUCCUCUGCGCCGCUUCUUUCCAAAGGAACGCUUUCACCAGUCUUGUCUAAGGGCGCGAGAAUAUGUGACACGUUAUGCCACCCGGCAAGUCGAGCAACAGAUCAGCAACAAUGAGAAGAAUGACGGAAUACCUCCUGCGUCUGCUUUCAAUAUGAGAGAUAGGGAGAUUUCCCAGUGCACCGAUCAGGCUCUAAGCAUUCUCCUUGCAAAUGACAGCAUGAGCACAACUCUUUCGGGUCUUUUCUUUUGCCUGGCCCAGGACGAUCGCGCCCUGAAGAAACUGCGAGCAAGUAUCAUCGCUACCGUUGGAUCAACUCCUCCAACGUGGGGCCAACUUGGAAGUUUGCAUUAUGUCCGGUGGGUGAUUCAAGAAGGGAAGGAAUUUGGAGAUGACCCCGAGAAGUUUUAUCCUGAGCGUUGGGAGGAUUUAAGCCCUGAAAUGCCUGGCUACAUUCCAUUUAAUAAGGGCCCGAGGAUCUGCCCAGGUCAGCAAUAUGCGGUGAUUGUGCUGACAUACAUCGUGACUCGCAUGUUUCAAACGUUUUCAUCUGUCUCCAAUUACAACACUAAAGAAUGGACGGAGAGAAUUAGCAUGACGCUCGAGAACGAGAAUGGGGUUCUAGUCGGACUAGAGUGA